AUGCAAUCCAUCCCAUUCAACCCUAACUUCUUCCUCCAGGUCAAUAUGAGCCACUUUGCCAAAGACUGUCCGCCAAGGUACCUCUUUCGGGUCCACGCUCCCCUCUCAGCAGGACAGAGCAGCGCAUACGCUGUCCGAUCCCCGGCAGCAUUGUACGACCUUGAUGAGCAACUGAAUGAUCUAUUUGCCAUGGCACCCUUCGAAGCAGCAGACUCGCUUCUAUAUCACCUUGAAUGGAAGUGUGAUGCCGGUUGCAAUCUGAUGAGCUGGACUACCUCUCUGCUCGUUGCACUGCAGUACGGCCUUCAUCGCCAUCGAACGGAUAAAGAUAAUCCUGAGUUCGAGGAUAUCUUUUUACUCAUGAUCGAUACACGCGACUUCCCAGAACGGACCUUUAUCAAGGAUUUGGAGGCCGUCAACGCUUUGAAUACUCUUGAGAUGCAGCGGAUGAGACACUGGGAUGAUUACCUGGAUCUCCGGGACACUGGUUAUUUCGGAGAGUAUCUCUCCCAAGGGGCUUUGAGAAUCCACGGACGAUGUGUGGAGGUCAGCUUCCAGACGCUGAUUAACCUUGGUCUCUUUGAGCUCUUCCCUCCACUUGCUGUUGAGGCUGAAUGGGAGAAGUGGGCGAGGAGGGUAACUGACCUUCGCCAGCCAUUUUACAAAGGAGAGACUUCGAGUUCUACCGCGAAUGAAGUGCGGACGGCUGUUCGGAUUGCGAGAGAUAGCUUUGGAGGCCGCUGGACGUUUCCUGUUGCUGCUAUGUUGCUUGCAUUCAGGCCUCGUGCGGUCAAUGACCUGGUCAUUCUUGAGGGAUUCAAAGCAGAGUUUUCAAAGGAUGAAAUACAAGAGUUGUCGUUGCAUGAUAUCCAGAUUGAUUGUCAUGUACUGCCUGAUGAUCGUGCUGGCCUGCCUGAGCUCGUUCAGUUUAAGAAGCUCGUCAAUGACGUUCAUCGCCAUUUUAUCGGGAUGGAUAUCAACUCGGAGUUUUGGACAGUACGGUGGCAAAAUGCAGAUUCCUUCCAUUAA